AUGCCGGAGAAACAAAAACGCACAAAUCAGCUUGUAAAGAGUAGAUCUUACGAACUUCCGAUUUUCCGAGAUUCCCCUUCUCGGCCAUUCCUUCGAUCGACGACUGUUUCAUCAUUCGACAGCCGCUUAAAUUCCGAAUUCAAAGAACCCCGCCGCCGACCAAGUGUCAAGAAAAUAACAUCUGCCGCUAUUUUGAAGCUCAAAGAACUUCGAUUUCGAUCGAAAACUCAGAAAAACGCCAUGUUCCCGGAGAAACGAGUGAAUAAUUCUGCCUUGUGUGCUCUAACUGGGGCACCACGGGAUAUUGUCCUGGUCCGACUUUUUUUGCUAUCGCUUUUCAAUCUCCUUCCCUCUAGCGCCAAUAAGUUGAUCAUGCCCAAACGUCUUCCAAAGCAGCUCCUCCAUACAACUGAACCGCAACUAUUUGACGGACCAGCUUCGCGAACAAGGAAGAGAACUCGGCAACAAACUGAAGCUUCAGUUCCUGUGACCAAAAAAGCUAAACUCACUGGACUUGCCGCGAUCAAGCAGCAGCCCCCAACGCAGAAUCCGAACGGACCAACGAGAAUUGAAGUUUCUCCACGAGUCCCAGCGCUUUUUCCAUCUCCAGUGAUAGAGAGGGUGUGGCAAGGAGAGUCAGUGAAGCGACGGCCUGGCCGACAACGAAAAGCGAUCCCUCCUUCCCCGCUCCUUGUGAAGACUGAGCGAGACGACACUCCAAAGAGACCGCGUGCUCGACCAAGAAAGACCCACCUCGUUUCCCCUUUGGUCCCCAAGAUUGAGCCGAAAGAGCUGAACAUAGAGCAUCUCAGUGAGCCAGAGGAUGACGAAUACGAAGAAGAAAUGAUAACCACAGAGUGCACGAUUUUACCCCCAGAGCUGCGAGGAAAUACAGUCAUCCUGAUCAAAGAAGAAACAGUUGUCUCAUUUAAAAUUUUUCCAUUUGUAAAAGUCGACGAUGAUCUCUGA